CACUUUCUUAGCUGCUUUAAGCAUGUGUGCCUUUCUUACUGGAAUCAGUACGAAGAAGCGCCUUGUGCACAUCAAGGGGAUUUGUCAGGGCCCACACAAGGAUGGGGUAAAACAAUAAAAGAUACAAAAGGGUGGGCCGUGAGCCUGGAGGAGGCAGGAGGAUCUUGUGCCCCUCCCCUGGACACCAGGCGAGGGUGCUGGUGACCCCAAAAGCUUUCAGGGGCAUUGAACGGCCGUGAGCUGUGGCAGGAAGCUCCGGCCCCGCCGCUGGUUCGCACUUCACCAGUGCAGCUCUGAGCGUUUUGGUUUCCUGUCCUCCGGACCCCGUCGUGUCCCCUCCGCCUGCCGCGUGUCCUCCCGACACCUCCACGCCAUGGAGGAUGAGGAUGGCUACAUGGCCUUGGACAGGCGAUGCAAGCGGGGUGCUGUGGAGAGGCCGGGACCCCUCCGGGACGCAGGACCUGCCACGAAAGACCCCGAGACGGGGGGGUCAGCACCAGGCUGGGUUCGAUCACACCAUCCCCCCCCCUCUCUGGGAUGGGGGAGAGAAUCAGAAAAAAAAUGAAGCCCGUGGGUUGAGAUAGAGACAGUUUAUUAGGACAGAAAAGAAAGGAAAAGAAUAAUAAUAAUGGUAAUAGUACUACUACUACUAAUGUGUACAAAACAAGUGACCCCCUCAGCGUUCAGUGUCUGAGCAGGACAGGCGACGAACUGAUGCUGUGCACGUGUCCUUGGGCUAAGCUCGGUAUCGUGGAACAAAAAUGGUUUUUGCACCAGAAUUGGGAACAUGGGCAAGCAGAGGAAAUGCCAGAGAGGUGGUUCCAUUGCUCCGUGAGGGCUGGAGAUGGCUGAAGUGUGAGAAAAGAGAGAGAAAGGAAGCAUUUUGGGGACCUCUGCUGUACGGUACCCCCUUGCACAGCAAAGUGCUCAGCAGUACACCCCCAUUUUCUAGAACCAUAACGUUGCUGUGCGGUACCCACUGGUGUAACUGGGAAACCGCAGCCCGGCUUCUCCCCAUCCCCUCCAAGCUCCUGGAGGCUUUGCUCCAGCCAAAGCUUCCCCACGUCAAGCAGCGGGACCCACGCAAGGAGGGUUCUGGGGUGGGAGAUGCAAAGAGAAGGUUGCGAUCGUUGGGUUUUCGCUUGUUUUUUUGGUUUUUGUGGAGGUAGCAAAGCAGCUGUCAAGUUCUGCUCAAACAGAGGGGCUCUAUUUAUUUUAUUAUUUCAUUAUAUUUCAUAUUUUAUUUUACUGUAUCAUAUGUAAUUUAUUUAUUUUAUUGAUUUAUUUAAUAUUAUUUCAUUUCAUUUCAUUGUAUUUAAAUUUUAAUUUACAAGAAAGUACUUUCUGAACAAAACCACGGACUCUUUCAGCUCCUGCUGCAUGCCCACAGUGGCACGGAGUCCUCCUGAAGCUGAGUGGAUUGAGCCACGUGGUGCUGCUGGUGCUGCUGGCAGUGCUCAGCGUGCAGGUUUUUCAGAAGGCGCCGACGCCUCCGAGCGCUCCGCAGAGCAAGAGUGAGGCCGGGGGAAGGAGCAGGAUGGAGGCGUGCCUGAUUCCCUCCCUGCUGCGCUACGUCUGCCGCUGGAAUGGCUCCGCAGGCCACGGGGGCUGCAAGCUGUGCCCCCAGUCUUGGCAGCUUUCUGGGGACCAGUGCUACCAGGUUCCCAAAUCGAGUGGGACUUGGAUGCAAGGCAAAAAAGAUUGCGAAAGUCGGGGGUCCCAUCUGGCCAUGCUCCGAAACACCGCCGAUAUGGAGCACUUAAAUGAGGGGAUCCAGCAGGGCAGCAAGGAGAAGCUAUCUGUGUGGAUUGGAUUAAAGGCAUCCAACAACACAUGGAAAUGGGUGGACAACUCCUCCUUCGACGCCACCACCCAACGUGGUUUUAAUGCCCUGGGCGUGCUCCAGUGGAGGAAGGAGCCAGAUGUUAGUGCAAGCACAGCAAUGUGCACGCGCAUCUGGGCAAGCCCGCAGCAAGAAGCCACCUGGAGCCCAGUGAGACAGGCUGGGGGAGAAGCUCCCAUUGCCCCCUCUCCCAAGAGGAAAAGGAGCUGCUUUUGGGUGCUGACGGUUUUGGUUUGCAGGUUCAGUUCCCUUCGGAAUGUGGAGAAUGGCUGCGCAACCUUCAAAGACAAGAGGCUGGAGGACGAUUGCUGUGGGUGCAACCACAAGUGGGUUUGCCAGAAAGAACCUUUCCAUCUCCUUUCAAAGACUGCAGGAGAUGGAGAGCUGUGCGGUGCCCGCCCUGAAAAGCCCAGCCUGCAGGAUGCUUGCUGCUAAUAUUUGGGGUGAAGCCCACCCUCCUCGUUACGGCUCUGCGAGGAAUUUCAGGGUUUGAACCCAACCAAGCACAGAUGAGACUAUCAGUGUAUGAACUGGUGGAAUUAGCUUACAGUUUAUUUUUUUAAUUAAAAAAAACAUACAAAUCUGUACAUCCAGACUGUUCCAAUCUUACCUUAUCCUCCUUCCAAUAGGAAGUGUAUAGUAAAUAAAUAGCAUAAUUCCAUAGUAUAUCAG